UCUCAUUUUCAUUUCCUAAAUUUUUGCUUAUCCUCUUUUCUUUUAUUUGAGUUUUGUUUUGUGUUGUAACAAUCACAGAGUAACAAAAAUGGCACAAGUAAGGAACAAACAAGUGAUUCUUAAGGACUAUGUUUCUGGUUUUCCUAAAGAAUCCGACAUGAACAUAGUUGACAGUACCAUAACUCUAAAGCUUCCAGAAGGUUCUAAUGAUGUUUUAGUCAAAAAUCUAUAUUUGUCUUGUGAUCCUUACAUGCGGACCAUGAGUAAUCCAAAAGAUUCUUUGAAUCCUCGUUCCUAUGUUCCUCAAUCUCCUAUAGCUGGUUAUGGUGUGUCUAAAGUACUGGAAUCUGGAGACCAAAAGUAUAAGGAAGGUGAUUUGGUUUGGGGGUUUACUAAUUGGCAAGAGUACAGCUUGUUACCUGCAGCUCAAAUACUUUUCAAAAUUGAGCACACAGAUGUUCCUCUUUCCUACUAUACUGGAAUUCUUGGUAUGCCAGGAAUGACUGCUUAUGCCGGUUUCUUUGAAGUAGGCUCUCCAAAGAAAGGAGAAAAUGUCUUUGUAUCAGCUGCCUCUGGUGCAGUCGGCCAACUUGUUGGGCAAUUCGCCAAAUUGACAGGUUGCCAUGUCGUGGGAAGUGCUGGAAGUAAAGAGAAGGUGGAUCUAUUGAAGAAUAAAUUUGGAUACGAUGAAGCCAUUAACUACAAAGAAGAGACUGACCUCCGUGGUGCAUUGAAAAAGCACUUUCCAGAAGGCAUUGACAUAUACUUUGAGAAUGUGGGAGGAAAGACACUUGAUGCUGUACUCCUGAAUAUGAGACUCCAUGGUCGCAUACCCGUCUGUGGAAUGAUAUCACAAUAUAAUCUUACACAACAUGAAGGUGUAACAAAUUUGGCACAUCUCAUAUACAAUCGGAUUCGUAUGCAAGGUUUUGUUGUAACUGAUUUCUAUCACCUAUAUCCCAAAUUCUUGGAGUUUGUUCUGCCUCAUAUCAGAGAAGGUAAGAUUGUUUAUGUGGAAGACAUAGCUGAGGGACUUGAGAAUGGGCCUGCAGCUUUGGUUGGCAUCUUUAGCGGUCGCAAUGUUGGAAAACAAGUGCUUGUUGUUGCUCGUGAAUGAACGCCGAUGCUUUUAUAUGAUUUUGUGUUGAAUAUCAAGCCCUCUUUGUAUGGCCAUUGCCAAUCAUCUUUCUCCACUCUAUUGACUGUAAUAUUUAUCUUAUGAUGAUAAAUAAAACCUCCAUUAUGUGCUUCUUUGUUACUUCUAAUAGUAAUAGAUAAUUUAAUUCAGUUUUAUUUUAA